GUUGGAAUCCUUGCCAAGUCCUACAUUGAUCAAGGGGUGCUUAUUCCAGAUGACAUCAUGACACGACUAAUGCUGAAUGAGCUAAAAGGUUUAGAUCGGUACAACUGGCUAUUGGAUGGUUUCCCCAGAACGGUUGCUCAGGCAGAAGCCCUGGAUAAAGAAUGUCAGAUAGACACUGUGAUUGACCUAGAUGUGCCAUUUGAGACCAUAAAAUGUCGGCUCACAGCACGUUGGAUCCACCCUGCUAGUGGCAGAGUCUACAAUCUUGAAUUCAGUCCUCCCAAAGUGCAGGGCAUUGAUGAUAUUACUGGAGAGCCACUUGUUCAGCGUGAUGAUGAUAAGCCAGAGACGGUUACCAAGAGGCUGCAGGCUUAUGAUGCACAGACAAAACCUGUUCUAGAAUAUUAUCGGGAAAAAGGGUUAUUGAAGUCCUUCUCUGGAACAGAAACCAAUAAGAUCUGGCCACAUAUCUAUGCUUUCCUCCAAACCAAGUUGCCAGAUAUGAGCCAGAAAGAUGCUGCCAAUCCCAGGUGAAAAAAGGUCUAACUUCUGCUCAUCUGUCAUAGCUCACACUUGAUUACAUGAGAUUCAGCAGUCAAGGAUUUCUCUAAGUAGUCUACCAGACUGAUCAAUAAUUAAAGUCUAAUGUUGUCCUUAGCUUACAUAAUGAUAAACUUUGUUCUCACUUUAAUGCUGUAUUUUUUAUAUUAAAUAUACCUAGUUUGUAUAAUACAGUAACUGACUUUAACAAAA